AUGGAUAAAGUUAUUUUUGUUGUUGGUGGUGAAGGGAAAAAUAUAAUUACCAGUACAGAAUGGUACGACCCAAAAAUGAACCGAUGGCAUUUUGGACCAAAAUUGAUUACGCCACGUAGUGGUGGUGGUCUAGCUGUAGUAAAAGAUAAUUUUGUGCUUUCUUUGGGUGGUAUAAUAAAUAGUCAGUCUGUUGAUGUGCUAGAUUUAUCAUCAGAAUCACCUCGCUGGGAACCAACCGUCGACAUGCUAGUAAAUAGAUUCGAAUUAGGAGUUGGUGUAAUAAAUAAUUAUGUGUAUGCCAUUGGCGGUGAUGACGGUAGUGGUUAUUCAAAUAGUGUAGAAAUGUUUGACUGCAAAACUCAAGAGUGGAGUAUAGUAACUAAUAUGUCUACUGGAAGAAUUGGUGCUGGGAUUGGCGUACUGAAUGAUCUUUUAUAUGUGGUAAUGUGA